CUCUAGUUUGAUACACUGUUGAGGUAUUGCUUAAGAUCUGAUGAUGAGUUGUUUCAUGUAACCCUCUACUCAUGGCUCCUCAAUCGCCCUGACCCCACCAUGAGGGAAAGACUCAUUCAGAUCCAGUCUCCAUUUGUUGAGGAUUUCUUAAAGUACACUGCCACCCUCCAGCAGGACAACACUCCUCUGCUGGACAUUCUCUGGCGUUAUUAUGAACGGAAUAAGAACUAUAUUGCAGCUGCUAGGAUACUGGACCAGCUCGCCAGAAAAGAAAGUGUUGAGCUGACCCUCUCUAGAAGGCUGGAGUACAUAUCCAGGGCGGUGAUGUGUGCUAAGAGCUGUGGGUCUGUAUCCAGCGUCAGUGGAGAGGGAGAGUUCCUUCAUGAACUGGAAGAGAAAAUGGAGGGGCCCUGA